GCGCGGGAACAAAUAAGGGGUAAAAUCUCCUUUUUCUCAAAACAAUAACUCCAUGUUCUUUUGCAUUAUUGAUUGUUGAUUUUUAACCUGCCUAUAGGAAUUUGAAAUGGCCACUGAUGGUUUGGAGUUCAGUGAUAUUUACCUUCUUGUAAGAGGUGCAUUGAAUGAUGGACGGUUGAAGUUACACAAAGGUGGAAUAAUAUUCAAAGCAAACAAAACUGGAAAAAUUGACCAAGCAGCAGUGGCUGAUAUUGAAUCAACUAGUUGGUUGAGAGUAGCUCGUGGUUUUGAACUGAAUGUUGCUCUAACAAAUGGAAUGCAGUUCAAGUUUGAAGGUUUCAAAGAGGCAGACUAUGACCAACUAGCAACAUUCAUUAAGGAAAAUUUUGGAAAGGAUCUGGAAGAAAUAGAAUUAUCUGUCAAGGGCUGGAACUGGGGCACUGCUAAAUUCAAAGGCUCCUCUCUCUGUUUUGAAGUUGAUGAAAAGCCAGCAUUUAUAGUCCCUCUCAAGGAUGUGUCGCAAGCAACAACAGGAAAAAAUGAAGUGGCACUUGAGUUUCAUCAAAAUGAUGAUGCACAGAUCUGCCUAAUGGAAAUGAGAUUUUAUAUCCCUACACCUGCAGAUAAUCCAACAGAAGACCCGGUCAAAAGUUUUCAUCAAAAAGUUCUCGAGAAAGCGGACAUUAUUCAAGCAAUAGGAGAUGCUAUUGUUACAAUACCUGAUAUCGCCUGUUUGACCCCAAGGGGCCGGUACACCAUGAAAGUGUUCCCUUCAUUUCUUCAACUUCAUGGCAAAACUUAUGACUACAAGAUUCCUUACACAUCAGUGUUGCGUCUUUUCCUUUUACCUCACAAAGACCAAAGAUUUAUGUUCUUUGUGGUUAGCAUGGAUCCUCCAAUAAAACAAGGCCAAACAAGAUAUCCAUUCUUGAUCAUACAAUUUGAAAAAGAUGAAGAAUGGAGGAGUUAAAGGAAAAAUAUGAAGGGAAGAUAACUCAGGAGAUGGAUGGUCCAAUUUACGAGAUUGUGAGCCGACUGAUGAAGGCAGUUGUUGGUCGAAGAAUAACCGUUCCUGGUACAUUUAAAAGUCAUGCGGGAGUCAGCUGCAUCACGUGUUCAUACAGAGCUGGCAGUGGAAUGCUGUACCCUUUAGAAAGGGGCUUUAUAUUUGUGCACAAACCCCCUGUGCACAUCCGCUUUGACGAGAUCUCCUCAGUGAACUUUGCCCGUGUGGCAGGAGGAGGUGGAUCCAGUCGGUCAUUUGAUUUUGAAGUGGAGACAAAGUCGGGGGUCAGUUACGUGUUUAGUAGCAUCGAAAAAGAGGAGUAUGGAAAACUAUUCGAUUUUGUCAGUGGCAAGCAUCUGAGAAUAAAGAACACAGGAAAGGUGUCAUCAAAGCAGUAUGAAGACGAAUUGAUGCCCGGCUCAGACGAAGAUUCUCACGAUGCGUACUUGGAGCAGAUGAAGGCUGAAGGAGCCGAGAAAUACGAAGAGUCAGAGUCAAGCGAAGAUGAGUCAGACGAGUCCUUCAAUCCUGGAAGCGGGGGAGAAGAUCAGGAUUUGAAAGAGGAAAAUUGCUUUAACCUUGAUUUCGUUUUGCAGACAGAUGAAACACCUCAAGGCAAACGGAAAAAGAAAGCGAAGAAGGACGCUGAUGCCCCCAAGCGGCCGAUGUCCGGCUACAUGUUAUGGCUGAGCGAAAUCAGGGAACAAAUCAAAGGGGAGAACCCUGGAAUCUCAGUGACAGAGCUAUCCAAAGUAGCGGGAGAGAAGUGGAAGAAAAUUGAGGAUAAAACAAAAUGGCAGGAAAUGGCUAAAGAGGCGAAGAAGAAAUACGACGAGGCAAUGAAGGUGUACAAAGAGAAGAAAGCUAACGAACCAAAUGAUAGUCCAGAUGAGAAACCGAGCAAGAAGGGUUCCGUAAAGGAGUUCUUUAAUAAGAAGGGAGAUAAAAAGAAAACUGCUUCUCCUCGAAAAGCUGGCAGCGGCGAGUCACAGAAAUUUAAGAGCGCAGAAUUUGUAGAAACUGACGAUAGUUCCUCAGAGGAUGAAGAUAAGAAAACCAAACCCAAACCCAAACCUAAAGCAAAAGCAAAACCUAAACCAGGAAAAUCUAAGAGCAAAAGCAAAAAGGAAUCAGAGGAGGAAGAAUCCGAAGAAGAAGAAGAAGAAUCUGAAGACGUAGAUAUGAGUGACGGGUCAGAUUCAGACUGAAGUCAAGAAGUGCCAAGGAGUGCAUAACUUACACAACAACUGCGCCUGCAGUAAUGAUGUCCAUCUGUAUGUUGAAAAGGGCACGCAAGCGAGACAUUAAAGUCGUUUGUUUUAAUUGCCUCAUUUUCGUGUACACUAUUUUUGUGGAAAAAUACUUCAAGCUGUAAAACAGCCUGUGUCUGGUUGUGAUACUGGGAGAACGGUUGAAUAGAAAAAAUCUGUGAGGGUUAAUCUAAGUUUCUGUUUGUAAAAAUAAACUGUAGGACCAAACUGGUUGUAAAAAGUUUUUUUUGCUCAGUUCGAAAAACGAGCGCAGAUACACCAUUAAACCUAAUUUAGGAUUGGAGGUUAAAAGUGUCAAUUUAUCGAAACAAUACGAUGAAAAAUUGCAAAGUGUAUGUAAGAACUCCGAUUCAAAUAAAAGUUUUUCAAACGAACAGCGACAAAAUGUGAUGCCAGCUGACAAAACUGAUUUUUCUAUAA